UUGUUUCGUGGGCAGCACUACGUUCGUGAUGGGCGGAGCGCGUACGGGUAAAUGCUGUGCGUUGCGGGGUGGUUAUGAGCUUCUGUCUAAGUAGUAGAGGUUUGGUGACUCCAUGAUACCGUUACAUCGCGACCUGCAUACAUUUAGAGUAAAAUGAGCCUAACGACGAGACGAUGUAUAUGAAGAAAUCCAGAAGUGUCGGCGCUACGUCUCCUCUGAAUGGCCUGGGAAAAACAGAUUUUGAGUCCAAGCGGAAGAGAAAGAUUGCAGAUAUCUUCCAAGCCCUAAACUCUGUGCCAGUGGACAUUGCAGCAUUGCGACGCAUGUCCAUAAGUGAAGGAGGACUGCUGACAGAUGAGAUCCGCUGUGAGGUGUGGCCCAAACUGCUCAAUGUUAACACCACUAAUCUGCCCGGAAAACCAGGAAAGGAGUUACGGGAAAACAACAAGGACUACAACCAGGUUCUUCUAGAUGUACGUCGCUCCCUGCGCCGCUUUCCUCCUGGAAUGCCAGAUGACCAGCGAGAGGAUUUACAGGAGAAGCUAAUAGAUAUCAUUUUGUUGGUUCUAAAGAAGAACCCUCAGUUGCACUAUUAUCAGGGCUACCAUGAUAUAGUGGUCACAUUCCUACUUGUACUAGGUGAGGAGCUGGCAACCCCACUGGUGGAGAAACUGUCCACUCAUCAUCUCAGGGAUUUUAUGGACCCCACAAUGGACAACACAAAGCAUAUUUUAAAUUAUCUCAUGCCCAUCAUUGAGAGAGUGAAUCCAGAAGUGCACGAUUUUAUGCAGAGAGCUGAAGUGGGCACCAUCUUUGCUCUCAGUUGGCUUAUUACUUGGUUUGGACAUGUUCUUUCAGACUUCAGGCAUGUUGUGCGGUUAUACGAUUUCUUCUUGGCCUGUCACCCCUUAAUGCCUAUUUAUUUUGCUGCUGUGAUUGUUUUGUACCGGGAAAAUGAAGUUUUGGAAAGUGAAUGUGAUAUGGCUGCGGUUCAUCAUCUCCUCUCACAAAUUCCUCAGGACCUACCUUAUGAGACCCUCAUCAGUCGAGCGGGAGACCUUUUUGUCCAGUUUCCCCCUUCUGAGCUUGCUCGAGAGGCUGCUCUGCAGCAGAGUCAACGGACUGCAGCAUCUACCUUCAAAGACUUUGAGCUGGCGUCUGCCCAGCAGAGACCAGACAUGGUUCUCAGACAGCGCUUUCGGGAGCAGGCUAGUCAAGAGGCUAAAGCCAGAGGUGUCAUAGUAAAGCCACGGACUAAUCGCUUUAUGAAACUGGCAGUUAUGGGACUAACCGUGGCCCUGGGUGCAGCAGCACUUGCAGUGGUCAAUACAGCAUUGGAGUGGGCACCCAAGAUUGACCUGCAGAUUUUUCCUUAACAGCAGGAAUUUGUCUUCCUUUUUCUCUUGAUUUUAAAAUAAAAUGCCUCAGUUUGCCUUGAGAGGACAAUGAAACUGAAAUUUAUCCUUCAUCUCAAA